GGGGUGUGGACAUCCUCCAUUUGGCCAAAAAAAGCACAGCAGUGGUUGCACGUCUGGCAACGUGCAACCAUUGUGACCGAAGCAUCAAAAUGGCAGAAACCGACUUGAUGGCCGGAGGAGCGGAUGCGUCCGGUAAAGCAGUUUUGUAUCUUGAUCUCAACUCUUUGGUUACAGCUGCUGGGCAAGGCAGUACGCAGAAUAUUGUCAUCGUUAACGGCGCUUAUGGUAACGCAAACAUUUCUAGUGUGCAUAGCGCUAACAUCGCUAAAGUACACCAAGUGCCUCUGGGUGACAUAACGCGGCCUAUUCCUGUUGCUCACUACGAUGAAGACAAGGUCAGAGGAAUCGUAGAGCUUCUUAAGAACCCAAACACGAAAGACCAUGUCGCACCUGUGGACAUACUGUGGAUCAAGGGUAGUGAAGGUGGCAACUACUUCUACUCUUUUGGUGGCAACCACAGAUUUGAGGCCCACCACAGGCUUGGGUGCACAACCAUUCGGGCCAAACUCAUUCAGUCAACACCUGCAGCCCUCACUCUCUACUUGGGAGGGUCAACGCCGAAUCUCAAGUGAUUGUAGUAGUGCCUCUUGUCGGGCGCGACCUUGUGCCAACAGUUAUGAAUUGAAUUGUGCCUAAUUGCCAUUGCUGUCUCAAUCGCCAUUUCAUCUGUACAAAGCUCACAUCAUGAUGAUAAAUGAAAACAGCAAGCUUCUUUUAUUUAUCAUCUGCAUGUGAGGCAUCCCAUUAAUAAAUGUAUAGAGAUACAAAA